UCACAAGAUCUAGAGUAACAGUGGAAACCGUGGAUACGUAACAUUCUGCCCUUGCUUGCAGCCGUCUUUGACCGUUAGCAAACCUGGCCACCUCCUUACUUCUGCUGUGCUUAGUUUUAGCUACGCUGUCAUUUGGAGUUUUAUUUCAAAACAGAAGCAGAGUCAAAGUUCUGAAAACCCAAUUUUUAAAGAAAACUACUGUUUUCAGGAUAAAAUUAAGAUUUCCCUGUACAUUGAUAGCUUUUAUGUUUUAAUGUAUGCUCUGCCUGAAUAAAACGAGUAGAGUAGAUGCAUAAGAAGUGAAAAUGGCUGAAGGUGGGAAUGAACGCUGUUUUUAUUCUCCAUACGCACAGCAAAACUGCAGCAACAUCUUGUGUUUCUGGGAAACGCAGCCAUUAGGCUGUGUGAGGAUCAGUUGCGUCUUCCAUCACAGCAAACCUCGUAAUAUAAAUGGACUUUUUCUGCCACCUAGUAACAAUACUGUAUUUCAACAGGAAGGCCAAGAAGGGAUACUGAAUUCAGCCCAUAGUCAAGAAUCGCUCAGAAUUCAGGAGAAUUUUUUAAUACCAAUUCACCCUCCACUGAUUAUAAACCUCAGCAACAAAAAGGAGGAUGAAGAUGAGGAUGAAGAGGAAGAUGAAGACUACAAAAAUAAUAUUUGUGAUUUGUUGGAAAAGACUGCUGCAGACAUUGAAGAGGAAAGAGCAAUAAAGGAAGUGUGCUAUAAAUCUGGAGAAUAUUACAGGAUUCAGUACCCUCAGGAACACCAGUCAACAGAAUUCGUAUCUCCAUCUCCGUCUUUGGAAAAUGAGCAAUUACCAAUGGAAACCGUCGAGCAUGAUCUGUGGAAAGGUGACAGUAAUGCAAUUCCUACAAAAUUUAAUAAUAUGAAAAGAGAGAGAGAGACUUCAGGAAGGAAAGUAUCAGUAAAGUGUGUUAACAGAACAGAUGAUAAAUCCUGUGAAAAUGAAGAAGGUGAUUAUUUUGUGGCACAGAGAAACAAAUUUGUUAAUGGGAAAAGAAGUGAGGCAGUACCUUUUGAAAAAAUACCAACUGCAUCAAAGUAUUCAAAUGUAAAAGCAAACAGCUCUGAACGGGUGAGGAAAUACCACUUUAAGGGAGUAAAGAAAAAGAAAUGGAUUUCUGAGGAGCAAAGAAACUCACCUAAUACAGGAACAGGCAAAGGAAUUCCCACUUCAUAUUCAAAAGUUAAGCCAAGUUACCAACGAAAUUAUCCAAGAAAGGAUGAUGAAACUGCUUCUUCUGUUCGUUCUGUGAGACAAACUGAAAGAAACCCUUAUUUCAAUUCUUCAGAACCUCGAAGAUCAGUGUAUGUGUUCUACCGUAAUGUCAGAGUCCUACAGGAUCCAAUGUUUAAUGGAUCUACAGACAAAUAUUCUUCAGGAUCGUACAGUGCACCAACUUGGAGAAAAAGAAAUCCACAUGCAAAGACAUUCUCUAAGUUUAAAACAACCAUUCAGAGCCAAGAAGAAAUGGAGAUGAAGAAAAAAGGAGAAUGAUUUAUAGGCAGCAGAAAGAUAUGAAGCCAAUAAUUCAACUUUGAAGAAAAAUUUAAGUUACAGAAGAAAAUCAAAUACUGCACAACUGGACACCGAAAUGAUACAAUAAGAUGCAGGAAGUACACUCUAACAUUGAAAAACGAUAAAGAUGUAUAUUAAAAGUAUUUUCCGUAUGUGCACCUAUAAAGGUCUUCAAUCUGCUCACAAAAUUUAAUCUGCUGUGAAAAUUUGACAGUAGAAAUGAUUUUUUACAGACUUCAGCUAUAUACUGCAAGACCGAUAGUAAAAGAUCCUUCAGCAGUCUUCUCCCAUUUUGUUGGACAGAUGCUUUAACGCAUAAUUAUUAAUAUGAAUAGAUACUAUUAACUGUACUUGGAACUUUCAUAGGACUUCGAAUCAAUACUGAUGCAUUCUAGAAAAUGUCUGUGUUGCUGUGAAAGUCAGAUUCACAGAUGAUGUAAUUGUUAGGUGUUUGGGGGUUCAGUCUGAGUUUGAUCUUGAUAUGUCACCAUUUUUGCAAGAAUUAACUGAAAUGUGUUUCUACACACAUUUUAAACAAAUGUAUAAAAGAUUUGAUAAAGACAGGGUCUUAAUAUUGCUUUCUGAAAAAACAAACUGUCUAAGUGUUUGUAAUGAACGACAGCCUACUGUUGUUUCCCUAGAAGGCGUAAAUUUGUUUUACCAUCUUUUCUUCAUUUCAGUGAUCUUUGUUGUUGUUCUAUAUGAUCUGUCAGUUUGGUUUCUUGCCUGUAAAUGGAGAGAAUGGGAUUUGAUCACCUUCAUUCUUCAAUUGGUUCAAUAUGUCAAACAUUAAACGGCAAUGUGUGAAAAUAUAUUGACUGCCACACCAGAAGGCAGAUGUACGCAGGAAGUAGAGCCCAAAAGAGGAUCUUUAGAAGAUUAAGACAAAUGCCUUCAAAAAGUCAAAAUAGCUUUGAAUACUGAAAAUUGCGUAAUGUGUGUGCCACGUAACAGAAAGAGACAUGUUUCAAAGCGAGUUAAGAUAAAGGGGGCCAGGCAGAGAAUUAUCUGUCUUACAUUGAAUACUGGUCAGUAGCCAAUGGGCGUGCCUAAUACGGAAUAGUUACAUAUAUAUGAAUUUAUAUCUUUGUCUCAAACAUUUUCCCCUUUUUUUUUUUAUUUUUUGCAUUUACCUGACCCUUGGUCAUUCGUAGAAUGUACUCAGUUUUGGGGUAGAGCCCUUCAAACUUUUGGAGGGAGUGCUGUGGUUCAGUAGCAGCCACAGCUGUGAAUAUAAAAGCAUUUUGUUUCCUUGCAACAUUUGUUUCAUAUUGACUGAACAUGAAAUUGUAUCAGAUGCCUUCUAGGGUGCCUUCUACUUUAAAUUAUUAUAUUCUGUGAGAAGUAUCAUCAUACUUUACUGAAAAUAUCUUGCAAAAACAAAGUGGUGAGAAUGCUUUUGCUUUUAUAGCUUUUAAAAAUUUAAUUUUUAAUAAUUUAAAUGUUAAAAAUGCUGUAAUUAUUGCAGUUGAGCAUUGCUUUCCUUAACUGAGAACAGAUUAUCUGUUUUAGCUGAGAUAUAGAAAUUGUAAAAGACACAAAGCAUCUUUUUAAAAUCAUUUAUGAAGCGUACUGAAAAUGUCUCCCUCUCUCUAAUUACACAUUGGAUUUUCAAAUUGUAGCACACAGUGCCUUGCAGCAGCAUUUUGUGUUGUCUGCCUGAGGCAUUUUAAAAUCUUGGAGGGCCAUUCCGCCCGGAUAUUUUUUAACACCUUGAAAAAUACUUUUAGUCUCAUUUUUCCACAUUAUCUCAAUGUAAAUCUUACAUUUAGUGAUUGUUCAAUCUCUCUGUAGUUUACAGUAUUACAUUAAAUUGAGCUGGUUUUUUUUGUUGUUGCUGUUGGUUUUUUUUUUUUUUUGCAUUUAGUUAAAAGGGAUUUCAAUAUUUAACUUUUGCAAUAUCGUAUUUUUAUUUUUCAUUUGGUUUUGAGAGUAGCAGAGCAAAUUUCUUACUAUACCUUAACAAUUUUAUUUCAGAGUACAUUUAAUACUGUUUGCUUGUUCAGGUGUCAAGACUGUUGAUUUUCCUUAUCAAUGUACUUGUACAAAAAGUGGAAUUUCAAGAUGUUAUUGCAAUUAGUAACUAUCUGCUUGCCAAAAACGUACUUAAAAUUACUAGAAAGAACAGAUGGGGAUAAAAUUUGAAUGUUGCCCAGUGUUCCAGCAUCGGAUAAUGACAAAGUAGUCAGUGCUACAGUUUUAGACUUCCCUGGUAAAUUCAUAUUUAAUGAAACAUGUUGGGAGUACCGAAUGGUGUGGAAAAAAAUAUCAUUAUGGCUGACAUAAUUUGGAUUUGAAGCAGUAGCAAAGUGAGCUCCCAGUCUCCAAAUUUAUGAUCAGUGAAUGAGAAGUAAGUUGGUUUGUUACUGUAUUUCCAUCCAAACAUAUAUUGUGAGAUCUGAGAAAGCAUUAUGACAUCUGAAAACAUAAAUAUUCCACUCGAUUCUCUCACUUAACUGUAUUUAAACCAAUAGAGCUCUGUUAAUCUGUGUAUUUAUUGUAGUUCAGAGCUAAUAUAAAAGGAGAUGAGUCUUAGCCCUUUUUUCUUUUCUGGGUGUAGAAACUACCGGUGACCAAAGGGUGAACAGGUCAGAGGAGUCUAAUGGUGAGCCACCUAAAGCAGAGACCGUGCUUUAAUGUAUAACAUUGUUACUAUAGUAUGUUUAAAACACAGUGUCUGUGUAUUCAUAAGUACAAAAUAAAUGCACCUAAUAAAAAUGAA